AUGGUUUACCUCAGACAGCUGGCCGGCCGGCGAUCUUCACUAGGUGGAGGUGGACGGCGGGAAGAAAGUAUGGGGGAGAUCGAUACAGAUCAUAUCAAAUCCGUUCGAGCAUCUCUUUCGCAUUUUGGGGAGAAAUGCGGUCAGAUCAGGAGUCGGUCUAGUAGCGACGAUGAAUCAGAGAAGGUGAAAGAUCUUGAAGUUGUCCUACAAGAUUUGGCUAAUUGCAAGGUUCAACUAGAAGCCAUGGAUUCUGCCCACAAGCAAGCCCUUCUUAACAAAGAUCACCACGAAAAAACCGUUGACGAGCUCUCAAUGCUAUUGAAGACCACGGAAUUCGAAAAAGAUAUAUACAUCAACGAAUGCAAGGAAGCAAAGAUUCGUGUAUCAGAACUCCAUUCCAAGAUCCAAAUUAUGGCCAAUGAGUUGAGCGACUUAAAAUCAACACGAGAUCAGCUUCUUACAGUCGAGAAACAACUCGUGGCUGCCACCGAUGAUAAACUCGAGGCCAUCAAACACACAAAUGCGCUCAAUGACACGAUUCUCAGUUUACAAGUUUCGUCCAUGGAGGCAGAGAGCGCGAAGAUAGAGGCUGAAAAACAUAUCGAGUUAUUAGAGAGCGAGUUGACUCAGUUGAAGCUGGAAAUCAGAGGUGAGUUAGACACGGUUAAAACCGAUUUGGAAGAGAUGUGUAACAAAGAGAACGAAGCACAAGUCGAAAUAGCCUUGUUGAAGGCCGAGCUUCAUAAAGGGAGAUCCAAAACCGCAGCUGCGGAGGCUUCCGAGUUACGAGCUAAAGGCGAAAAAUCCGCUGCUUAUUUUGCUCUUCAGGAAAUGGCGAUAGAGAACCAAGAACUGAAGAAAGAAAACGAAGGUUUACAAUCGGAACUUCCAAAUUCCGACCAUGAGAUCACGAUUUCGUUGGAAGAAUACGAGAUGUUGGUGAAGAAAGCGGAGGAAGCUAAAUUGGAACCGGAAAUGGAGAAUUUGAAGAAAGAUUUGGAGAGUGCGAUGGCGAGAGUGAGCGAGUUCAGGACAAGAGCGGAGCAGGCGGCAACGAGAGCGGAGGUGGCGGAGGAGGCAAAAGCGGCGGUGGAAGAGCAAAUAAAGAGAUUGAAAGAACAGAAGCAAAGACGGAGGGCGGCUAUGGCAGCACUCCGUGCGGAAUCAAUGUCGAAAUCGAGUCGUAGUUUUGAGUAUCAUGAUGAUAUUGAUAACUCUAAAACUUACAUGCCAUUAGGUACGUUUCUCAAAAUGAAAUUCUAGUUCAGGACUAACUUAAAUUGAAACAUAUCUUGAAUUUUAUGUAAUGAAUUACAUUAUAUUUAACCAAAAUAAACGAUAAUAUUUAC